AUGCACAGACAAUCUGAGAAUAUAAAAGCUCCCCUGGAAGUUAAAGAAAAUGAGAGUAGAUAUACUGAAGAGAAAGAAGAGGCCUCAUUCCCUAGCGCGUCAAAAGAGCGGAAGACUUGCAAAGUGCCAAAAUCCAAACUUGUGAAAACAUCCAAGAAGGAGAAUUCAAGUGAUGGGAAGCAGGCCCAGUUGCAAAAAUGCACCCCGAAAUACACCAAAGGCCUCAAGAAGGAAUCUUACCACAGCAAGGAGGAUCUUGUUAGCUAUCAGUUCACUGAAUGCUUUUUUGAUAUGCGAAAAGGGGAUGUGCUUGGUGAAGAUACCUUGCCUUUGAACAGCAAGGAAAAUGUUUCAAGAAGUAGGCCUGUUUCUUUGGGGAAUGAAUGCUACUCGACACCAAAUAGGUACAAAGCAGAAGGAAAACCUGGUGGUGGAGUAUCAGAGAAAGAGAGGAAAAAACCUGUUGAUUUUGCAACUGUAACUGUUGCUGAAUUUGGGAUUACUCAAGAAACUUUUACUAAACCAUCUAUAGGGAAGUCUCCAACUUCAUUAAAAUUUAGACGAAGAUCAACAGUCGGAGUACGGGGGUCGCCAGAAAAUAACACCCUUAUUCAAUACCUUGCCCAACAGCGAAGCAACAGGCAAAAAGCAGCUUUUACACAGCAGGUUAGUCCUUUUAACCAUGAAAAUGCCACGUCAUUGAAGGAGAAGAUAGAUGCCUUUCAGACAUCUUUUAAAUCAGUACCAGAAGCCGAAGGGGAGACUGGCUCCUCUGGACUGUCACGAGUGGAUGAUGCUUCCCAGGAAGCAGGCUCUUCUCAGAACAAAGUACCUUUUACAAAAGAGCGGAACCUGGAGCAGUGGAGUGAAAAGUUCAUGUCAGACAACAGUGGAGCCAAUUUGAAAGAAAAUUUAAGACAAAAUUUGACCAACAGCAGUAAGUCUGAUACCAAGCUCUGCACCAUCGUGUCUUCACCCCAAGAUGUGACUGUCACUGAACAUGCUGCUGCUGUUUCAAAGGAAUGGGUUCGUGAGCAACACAGUCCCAUUGAGUCAUUGGAGGCUGUUGUAAUUGGAGAAACAGGCCAUGAUUUCACUUCUGACCACAUCACUGAAGAUAUUACAAGUGAUGUUUUAUCAGAUCUAAGCAGAAAGAAAGUUAGUUUUGUGGAAGAACCGAGCCUGGGGAUGUUUGAUGAAAGCAAGCCACCUGUCACGCCACCUCUCACCCCACUGCAAAUGGGAAAUAUUUUGUUAAGUGAACGUAUCCAGAGCGGCUCCCAUCUGCGAUCCGUGCUGAAGAAAACGCCAGGGAAGCAGCUAAUGGACAGCAUGAAGGAAUACUCGAACGAUGCCGUUGAGCGAGGAGGAGGUGAAUGUCUCGCAGUCUCCGAUUGUGCAGAAAUCUUUGAAGCAUUGCAAACAGAGAAAACGGGAUGGCACAGCUCUGAAAAGCCAAAGAAGAAGAGAGUUACUUUUGGAAAAGUUCUAAGCCCAGAAAUAUUUGAUGAAACUUUGCCUGCAAAUACUCCGCUGCGCAGAGGAGCAACGCCAGUCCGUCAGCCAGGGCUGCAAAGUAACAGCCCUUGUGCCAGGCCAAGGCUCCCAGAAGAACCACUACCCCAGCCAAACUUUGAUUGCACUGAUGAAUGUGUUGAGCCUCUUCAGGAGUUAGUGGAGGAUCCUGUUGCUGCAGAAGACCUCUCACCUGUUGAAAACGCAGACGGAACUGAGAAAUCUGAUAUGAUAAAAACUCGUUUUUCCACUAAAAGGAAGUGUAGCACCAGUUCAGAGGGGACCAGCUUUAGCAUCGCAAGGACCACGAGUACUAAGAAUGCUAAAGAGACUAAAAAUCCAAGAAAGAGCAAGUUUCAAAGACAGAAGAAUGCAAUGACAUCUGCUACCAAAAAGACUCAAAAAAUAAAACAUUCAGGCUAUGGGAAAAGAAGAAAGAAAAAAGUAAAAAAAUCUUUAUAUGGGGAAAGAGAGAUGGCUUCUAAGAAACCUCUUCUCAGCCCUAUCCCUGAAAUUCCAGAGGCUUUCUCUUCUACCUCAUCUCCAAAUUUAUCAAAGACAAAUGCACUUUUUUCAGAGGACAUAUUUUUAGAUAACACCAGAUCUGGGAAAGCUCACAAGGAUGGUCAACAGAAGCCAGUGGUUGAGAGAAUGAGAAGGAAAAGCAUCUGUGCAGUUCAUAUGUGCUCAAGCUCUAAGGACCUGGGCGUUGGGGAACCCAGCAGCUCCAGUGAUGCCGUGUUUCAGGUGUCCGAUGGUGAUCUGCAGUCUGUUUCUGGCAUUGAUCAUGAGUUUUCAAACAUUGUGCCAGAUGCAAAGUGUGUUUUUGAUACAUCUGACCAUUUCCAUCAAGGUAAAGAGACAGCAUGUGUAGAAGAGGCAAAAGAAAGUGGUUCCUUGAUAGAAAACGAGAAAUUACAAGGAAAUCUCCUAAAUAAGGCAGAGGAGCUAACUGGCCUAGAAUUUCUGGAACAACAGGUCAAUAGUGUACCUGAGGAUGCUCAAAGAGCUCAGUGUCCACAAAAAGAUUCUGUAAGAGGUAUUCCACCAAGGAGAAGAAGAAGUAGUGCCAUCUAUUUUCCUCCUGUUGAAAAACUGGAAAUAACUGGAAAAAAUUCUCCAGAUUCUUCUUUUAAUGUGGAAGAAGUCUUAUUUGCUCCUCAGCUGAAAGACAACUCCUUAGAGCCUUUAAGAAGGAAGAGCCGUAACGGUGGCGCAAAGAGCGUGAGGCGCAGCAUGAGAUUGUGUAAAGAUGCAGAAACUGAAGGACUUGCAUGGAUUCAAGUACCCAGUGAGAUUCCAAAGAACCCUCCCCUGCUAGCUUCUACUUGCAAGGUCCGGAGAACAAUCAGCACAUCCAUCCUUACGGAAUCCGAGAACGUUCACCGUAGAGAACAUAAUCUCAUCCAGUUAUCAGCACCAGGGAAGGAGAACGAUGACUCUGUUCAUCUUGCUGAUGCUCCUUGCAAAAGAUGGAGGAGGAGAAGCAUGUGUGUGUCCACACCUCAAGAAACAAGACCUUGGUCUCAAAUCCGGAAAAGGAGCAUGACAAAUUCUGUAUAUAGGAAAGACAGAAAUAACCAAAAACACUAUGAAGAAGUAGAAAUACCUCUUGAAAAUAAUUAA